AGACAUCCAGGAAAACCCCUUGAUAGAUGUUCAAAUUUUGAACUGCAUAUCUACGUCCAAUACCGUACUGGAUUUGUAUGUCGUGUAGACGUACAAAUAUGGUCCUGGACCGACCGACGCAAUAUAGACAUGAUCUGCACGUGGAGCGGAUGUCUCAUGUUUGUUGGUACUGUCCCGUGCCGCUAUUUUACAGCAGAAAACGAAACUAAAGAGACAGAACAAGAACAACAAAAUAACGGAGACUACAUCAAAGACAAACGCGCACGCUGACAGGUGCAUGUGAGCGAGAGGGUAUGACGAGACAACUCAGCUUUGGUUCAUAAGAGUUAAAAAAUAUUUGUUAUCAGUCAUAACUUAUAGGAGAAUUUAGAGUAGACACUGGACAUGGAUGAAGCUUUCUAGAGCGCAUGUGUCGACCGUCCGCAUUCACGCACAACAUCAAAUGGAGUAUACUUUGAAAAGCUACGCGUUCGGUUGUACACAUACGCUAGCGCGUCCAUCCAAAACAUUCUGACACGAUAUAAACAGUGUUAGAUCAUUCUUGGCCAAACAUAACUGGGAAAACAGUUAUGGACCUGUUGCACGUUUACGAGUGGAUCGAUAUCAAGACUAUCUUGUUAUUCUCGCUGGUGUUUUUAUUACUAAGUGCUUAUAGAAAAAAUAAAGUGCCGAAGAACUUUCCUCCUGGACCAUGGUCUUUACCGAUUAUAGGAGACCUUCAUCAUAUCGAUCAUAAGAAGAUUCAUCUUCAGUUGGAAAAGUUUGCAAAACAAUACGGAAAUAUUUUAAGCAUUCGAAUUCUCGGAUCACGAAUUGUUGUCUUGAUCGGGUACAAAACAGUGAAACAAGUGUAUCUGCAAGAAGGCGACAACCUGGCUGAUCGACCCAAGUUACCCAUAUUCUAUGACACCUUUGGAGACAAAGGUUUAGUUGCUGCUAAUGGCUAUAGUUGGAAGCAACAAAGGAGAUUUGCACUCUCAACUCUUCAAAACUUUGGAAUGGGAAAGAAAAGCCUGGAGCCGUCCAUCCAACUUGAAUGUCACUUGCUGAAUGAGGCCAUUUCAAGUGAGAAUGGUCAACCCUUCGACCCUCAUAUCCUUCUGAGCAACGCUGUCUCAAAUGUGAUCUGUGUGCUUGUGUUUGGUGAUCGAUUUGAGUACAGUGACAAUGACUUCCAGACUCUGCUAAAGAAAAUCAGAGAUAGUGUGGUUUUCUGGGGAAGCAUUUGGGUUCAGCUUUAUAACAUGUUCCCAUGGCUCAUACGGCGAGUGCCUGGACCACACAAGAAAAUUAUUACUGUGUGUCAGGAGGUGAUUGACUUUAUUCAAGGGAAGGUGAAUGCACACAGAGUGGAUUAUGAUCCAUCAAAUCCUCGAGACUACAUUGACUGCUUCCUUGCUGAGAUGGAAAAACCUGAAGAUGACACAGAUGCUGGAUUUGAUGUGGAGACUUUGUGCUUCUGUACUCUGGAUCUGUUUUUUGGGGGAACUGAGACCACCUCCACCACUCUGUGCUGGGGUCUUCUCUACAUGAUGAAAUAUCCUGAGAUACAGGCCAAAGUUCAGGAGGAGAUUGAUCGGGUUGUUGGAGGGUCACGGCAGCCAUCUUUAUCAGACAGAGACAAUAUGCCCUACACCAAUGCUGUUAUUCAUGAGAUACAGAGGAUUGGAAAUACAGUCCCAUUAAACUUGGUCCGGGCUACUGUGAAAGAAACCCAGAUAGGAAAAUACUUCAUUCCAAAGGGCACAGUUGUGAUCGGCAGUUUGACAUCAGUGCUGUUUGAUGAGUCCGAGUGGGAGACGCCUCACUCUUUUAACCCGGGUCACUUCCUGGACAAUGAGGGCAAAUUCAGGAGGAGAGAUGCCUUUUUACCUUUUUCUCUAGGUACAGGAAAACAAGAAAGAGAGUGUGUCUUGGGGAGCAACUGGCACGGAUGGAGUUAUUUCUCUUUUUCUCCUCUCUGCUGCAGCGCUUCACUUUCUCUUCACCAGCGGGUGUGGAGCCCAACUUUGAUUAUUCAAUGGGGACCACUCGAUGUCCCCUACCAUACAAAUUAUGUGCAGUGCCACGUUAAGACUAGCAGUUCACACGAACUUGAGAUUAUGGAUUGUGUGUGUUUGUGAGACAUGAACAGAGAGAAAAUACAUCCAUACAGUUUUACUGUUUUCGAAUCCAUUCAGCUGAUCGGUAGUACUUUUAGCAUAGCUUAGCAUAGAUCAUUGAAUCUGAUUAGACCGUUAGCAUCUCGCUCCAAAA